AUGAUGCUCGUGAGAGUCACCGACCCCGUCCGUGUGGCCUACGAAACCUACGACCUCAUGGAGGCGGUCGAGCGUCUCGUCCAGACGUCUCUCCGUUCCGUAAUCGGCGACAUGGGUCUAGAUGACACCCUGGCGUCUCGUCAAGAGAUCGAGAAGCUGGUGUCGAACAAGGUGUGCAAGAUCUGCCAGGACUGGGGCCUCACCGUCACCGGCGUGGAUCUCCUCGAAAUCGACCCUACGCGCACCAUCCAGCAGGCCAUGCACGAGCAGAUCCGCGCAGAGCGUUAUCGCCGAACCCAGAAGGUCACGGCGGAAGGUAUGGCGGAGAAGCUGCGGCUGCAGGCGGAGGGAAACUGCCAGGCGGCGAAGACGCGCGCGACGGGAGACAGCACGAGCGUGAAGUCGAUCGCGGAGGGAAACCGGAACGCUCGGCUGAUUAUCGCGGAGAAGACGGCGGAGAGCUUGAAUGUGGUGGCGGAGGCGUUGAAGGGCGUGACGAAGGACCCGACGCAGUACUUGAUCGGAGUGCAAUAUGUGAACAUGCUGAAGGAAAUCGCGAAGAAAGCGAAGGCUGUGACGGUGUAUUUGCCGCUAGAGACAGAUAUUGGAGGAAUUGCGUCAAAGCUGUAGUGUGAUUAU